GGAAAAUAGUGCAGCGCACCAAGCAAAACAAAAACCAUCUGUGACUGUCAUCGACCGGCACAGGGUGUACCGGUUUUACCGAACCGGUUUGAAAACGGUGCAUUUUUGCCCGUUGUCAGUUUGACACACUGCACGCUGCCAAAACAAGUUUGCCGCAUCCGUAGCGUAGCAAACCAAGCGGACGAGGGAAUUUUGGUAUUGGAUUUUUUCACAAUCGUCGAUCAAAUAUGUCCGGCCAGUUCCCGGGAGGAUAUCAGAGCCCCAGCGGGCAUCGGGGUAAUUAUAAUAGCCCUAUCAUUCAGCAACACCUAAAUCAAAUGAACGUUCCCAACCAAAUGGGAAUGAUGGGAUUUAAUCAAAACAACGUUAUGAACAACCCACAAAUGCAAGGUGUACCCGGCCAGGGCAAUCAGGAGAUGGGUCUCAAUCCGGGCAUGAUGCAGCAAAACCAACAGCAACAGCAGCAGCAACAACAAAUCGCACAAGGAAUGCAACCCAAUCCCCAGCAGAUACCGUCGAACCAGCACCAGCCGGGUCAAAAUCAAAUGGUCGGACAGAAUCCGAACCAUCAGCCUACUCAACCAUCCUCACAGAUGGGCAUGCAACAACCGGGCGGGAAUGUUGGCCCCGGCAACGUGAUGAGUAAUCCUCAGUCACAGAACCAAUCGGUUCCGCCGAAUCAACCGGGUGGAGGAACUACCGUACAGCAGCAACAGAAAGCCGAAUUUAAUCUUCUCUCGUUGUGCCGAAUCGGGCAGGAAACGGUACAGGAUAUUGUGAGCCGAUUUCAGGAAGUGUUCGGCAUACUGCGCUCGAUACAACCCCCGAACGGGACGAACCAGGGCCAGCUGUCGAGCAACGACAAGAAGGCGAAAGUGCAAGAACAGUUCCGCACGAUUCGAUUACUGUUCAAACGACUGCGGCUUUUGUAUGAUAAGUGUAACGACAAUUGCCAGCAGGGCAUGGAGUAUACGCACGUGGAAAGUUUGAUCCCAUUGAAGGGUGAGAUUGAGCGGACCGAGCCAGUCCACACGGAGGAGUACAAGAAGGCGCUACAGGAAAACCGCGAACUGGUCGCGAUGGUACAGCUGAAGAACAAACAGUUGCGUGAAAUUAUCGACAAAAUACGACUGACUAUAUGGGAGAUAAACACGAUGCUAAGUAUGAGACGAUGCUAGGGUUAUAGACGGAACGGAUUUAGCUUAAGAUAAUCAGAGAAUGAUGCACCACUCCAAUAUACGCGCUAAAAUGUGUGUUUAAGUUUA